GGCCGGAGGAGAGGCAUGGGGCGCCCGCGGGCCGGGGCCGGGGCCGGGGCCGGGGCCUAGGCGAGCGAAGCUGAGAGCGAGCGGAACGAGCGAGCGAGCGGAGCGGGCGCAGCGCAGAGGCCGAGUGGACCGAGGCGGUCGAGCGCAGGGCGCAGACACUGGUGCUGCCCGCCUUCUGCUUGGAGCCUGGUGACCCCCCUGUGUGACCAGGGCCCAACCCAUACCUCUGAUGGAGUGCUGGAGGGAUGUGUGUGGCAGUCCUCAGUCCUACUCCCGCUUCUGAGGUUUCAUCUGCAACAGACUUCCCGGCUACUGUUUUCCCUGUGCACGUGGCUCCUUGGUGGGACAGCUGCUGCCUGGGACAGGUGACCCCAGUGCCCCAGUAGGGCAAAGGCCCCCGCCCCACGGGCCGGGAUCAUGAAAGGCCUCGGUGACAGCCGCCCCCGCCACCUCUCCGACAGCCUGGACCCACCUCACGAGCCCCUCUUUGCCGCGCCUGACCGGAACCCGUACCUGCUGUCGCCCACCGAGGCCUUUGCCCGGGAAGCCCGCUUCCCCGGGCAGAACACACUGCCGGGGGAUGGGCUCUUCCCACUCAACAACCAGCUGCCCCCACCAAGCAGCACCUUCCCCCGAAUCCACUACAACUCCCACUUUGAGGUGCCCGAGGAAAGCCCAUUCCCCAGCCACGCCCAAGCCACUAAGAUCAACCGGCUGCCCGCCAACCUCCUGGACCAGUUUGAGAAACAACUGCCUAUCCACCGCGAUGGCUUCAGCACCCUCCAGUUUCCCCGGGGGGAGGCCAAGGCCCGGGGUGAGAGUCCGGGCCGCAUCCGCCACCUGGUCCACUCUGUCCAGCGUCUCUUCUUCACUAAAGCACCCUCCAUGGAGGGCACCGCGGGCAAGGUGGGUGGCAAUGGCAGCAAAAAAGGCGGCCUGGAGGACGGGAAAGGCCGGAGGGCCAAAAGCAAGGAACGGGCCAAGGCUGGGGAGCCCAAACGGAGGAGCCGCUCCAACAUCUCAGGCUGGUGGAGUUCAGAUGACAAUUUGGACGGUGAGGGCGGUGCCUUCCGCAGUGGCCCCGCCUCAGGGCUGAUGACUCUUGGCCGCCAGCCAGAACGCACCCAGCCCCGCUACUUCAUGCACGCCUACAACACCAUCAGUGGGCACAUGCUCAAAACCACCAAGAACACCGAGCUGACUGCCCCGCCGCCCCCGCCUGCUCCCCCUGCUACCUGUCCCAGCCUUGGAGUGGGCACCGACACCAACUAUGUCAAACGUGGUUCCUGGUCCACUCUGACCCUCAGCCAUGCCCAUGAGGUCUGCCAGAAGACCUCAGCCACUUUGGAUAAGAGCCUGCUCAAGUCCAAAUCCUGCCACCAGGGUUUGGCCUACCAUUACCUGCAGGUGCCCGGCGGAGGGGGCGAGUGGAGCGCCACGCUGCUGGCCCCUCGAGACAUGGAUAGCACCACCGAGGGGCCCAUCCCGUGCCGGCGCAUGCGCAGUGGCAGCUAUAUCAAGGCCAUGGGCGAUGAAGACAGUGAUGAGUCUGGGGGUGGUAGCCCCAAGCCUUCACCCAAGACUGCAGCACGGCGGCAGAGCUACCUGAGGGCCACGCAGCAGUCCCUGGGAGAGCAGAGCAACCCUCGCAGGAGUUUGGACCGCUUGGAUUCAGUGGACAUGCUGCUGCCUUCCAAGUGCCCCAGCUGGGAAGACGGCUACAACCCCAUCAGUGACAGCCUCAAUGACUCCAGCUGUAUCAGCCAGGUUUUUGGACAGGCUUCCCUGAUCCCCCAGUUGUUUGGCCAUGAUCAACAGGUCCGGGAGGCGGAUCUGAGCGACCAGUACGAGGCAGCCUGCGAGUCGGCCUGCAGUGAGGCCGAGUCCACGACCGCAGAGGCACUCGACUUGCCGCUGCCCAGCUACUUCCGCUCACGCAGCCACAGCUACCUGCGAGCCAUCCAGGCGGGCUGCUCGCAGGAGGAGGACAGUGUGUCCCUGCAGUCCCUCUCCCCACCGCCCAGCACCAGCAGCCUCAGCAACAGUCGCACGCUUCCAAGUGAGUACCACGUGCAGGAGGUCCGUGUUCUGUUCCAUCUGCACUGUCCAGGAAGGGAACACGGGUGGGCGGCCUAG